ACACGUAGCGUCGUGGUGGAGAAAAGAAAAGAAACUAUACCUUGUGCCUCUUAGCAAAAGUAAGAAUCCUAAACCCUCACCAGAUUUUGCAACGAAGAUGGUGUUUUGAAGCAAAAGAGUGAUUUUGAAUGCUUCGGAGAAUACCCUCUCUCUCUCGUUUUCGUCUUCUUCAUCCCAAUGAUACUUUCUCUCAUUCCCUUUUCAAGUUCUGUCAUUGCUCCACAGUCCCUACUGCAAACUCCGACGACUCUGAGAAGCACACCCACUUCUUGAUUUCCAUGAGAAGCCUGUGUAGGUCAGGUAAAGUGAAAAACUUGGAUGAAGCUUUGGACUUGUUUAGUGGCAUGACCAAAAUGAAGCCUUUGCCUUCUGUGAAGGACUUCACUUUGUUAUUAGGGGUUAUUGUGAGGUUGAAGCAUUACACCACUGCCAUGUCUUUAGUUAAACACAUGUUUUCUUCUCUAGGCAUAGAAGCUGACACCAUUACUCUUAAUAUUGUCAUCAAUUGCCUUUGCCAUUUGAAGUUGAUAGCUUUUGGAUUCUCUGUCUUGGGUACUAUGUUCAAACUUGGUUUGGAGCCAACUGUGAUGACUCUUACCACUCUCAUUAAUGGGCUUUGUGUGCAAGGCAAUGUGGCUCAGGCAGUGAGGCUGGCUGAUCAUAUGGAAAAAAUGGGGUAUCCCUUAGAUGUUUACUCAUAUGGGGUGUUGAUCAAUGGGUUGUGUAAGAUGGGAGACACUUCCAUGGCGGUUGGGUGGCUAAGGAAGAUUGAGGAAAGAAAUUGGAAACCUAAUGUGGUCGUUUACAGCACAAUUAUUGAUAGUUUGUGCAAGGAUGGAUUGGUUUCUGAGGCGUUAAAUUUGUUCUCGGAAAUGAGUGGCAAAGGUGUUCAGCCUAAUCUUGUCACUUACACUUGCUUGAUUCAAGGUCUUUGCAAUUUGGGAAGAUGGAAAGAGGCUAGUUUUCUGCUGGAUGAGAUGGUGAAAACGGGGAUGAUGCCGGAUUUGCAAACACUCAAUGUUUUAGUGGAUGCUUUCUGCAAAGAAGGAAAACUGAUGCAGGCCAAGAGUAAUUUGGAUCUUAAUAUUGUGAGUUAUAGUAUUUUGCUUGACGGAAUGUGCGGUGCUGGAAAACUGAAUGCUGCAUGGGAACUCUUUUCUAGUUUGCCUGCUAAAGGUUUGCAAAUUAAUGUUUAUACUUAUACCAUUAUGAUUAAAGGUCUCUGUAAACAUGGGCUGUUGGAUAAAGCUGAAGACUUGCUGAUGAUUAUGGAAGAGAAUGGCUGCCUUCCAAAUAAUUGCACUUACAAUGUCUUUGUUCAAGGCUUGCUGACAAAAAGGGAGGUUGUAAAGUCAAUAAAAUACCUUACAAUAAUGGGAGACAAAGGUUUUUCAGUAGAUGCUGCCACCACAGAAAUGAUUAUCAACUACUUAUCUACUAAUAAAGGAGACACCAGAAUUCAAGAAUUUUUGUUUCCAAAAAGAUAGCAAAUUUCAAGAGUUUCACUAGCGUUUAGUCAAAUCCAGCCUCUCAAUUUAUUCAUGUUCCAAGUCCAUAUAGGAUCCCAAAGUGAGAACUGGCAUAGGCUUUCUAAGCUCCACCGAACAGCUAAAACUUUUAAGAGAAUUGUUCCUUGACAUUUUUAGUGAUUGGAAUCACUUUAUGCACUCAAUUAGUUAUAUAUUACGUACGAGGGAAGACCUUCUUUCAGCAAUGACAGGUAAGAGACACACUCUCAGCUGAGGUUUUAUGGAUGAGGUGUCUAGAUAGGUUCCACAUCAAGCAAUGAUGCUCAUAAAGUCAUGAGUGUAAAGCUAACGUUGAAAUAGUUACACAACUAGCAUUGUUUGACGAAUGUGCAAUUGCUUUAGUGCUUGAAUGCCUCAUAGAAGCAUCUGCAAAGCCGCGGGAUCACAAUUUUACCACCACUUGUGUUUGCCAAGUUCCCAAGCAACUUGGGGAAGAGAAGUUCAUAGAGUGAGUUCAUUGUGGAUGCAAGGGUUGUGCAAGUGGGAAUUGAUUGGACAUCAAUUCUAGUAUUUGCUGCCAAUUAAGGGUUUCUUUGAAUUGCUUUUAGCAAUCUGUUCUCAGAAACCCUUUGAUGGAUGACCAUUCUUGAAGAUCAUGGAACUUUUAACAAGAUCUAUAUUUAGGAGGCUAGAAGAAGUUACUAGAGAGAAUGUAUUUCUUAGACCUGUGCGUAUUAUGAACAUAGAGUAUGUGUUCCCCUCCUAGUUGCCUAGUCUGUAUAUACUUUGUAUAGUUUGUUUUCCAUUUCUUUGUAUGUAGUAGUUAAAUGUAUAGGUUGUUUUUACCCUUGUAUUUAGGGGUGUAUCUUUCCUUAUUUGUAGGUCACGCCUUUAGGAGUUAGAGGGAUGUUCCUUAUUGAAAUGUAUUCCUUUUGACUUUGUA